AUGAAACAGCUUGCUACCACAGGUGCAGUGACUACAUUCUACAAGGACCAUGCAGAUAUUAAGGAUCUGUCAACUGGUGAGACCAAAGCUUAUGCUACGAUGCAAAGCAACCAGUCCUGGCUUCACACAUACCAUGGAAGCAUUGCCCAACUAUGUCAUUUUGUGCGGGUCGAUUCUAUCACGCAUUCAUCUGGCUCUCCAUCUCUAAGGGAGAAACCCAAUCAGGAUCUCGACAUGCUGUCUCCGGAAGACAGUGAUCUUUACACAAUCGCCCAGAGUGGCUUCCUUUUACAUUGA